GCGGCAUAUGUGGAAGGAAAGACGACUUUGCUAGAGCAAGGAAUGUGAUUUUAGGGAGCCUCUCAGUUGGAGAAAGGCAGCCUGGCCCCCAAGCUGAUUGAUUGCUCUUCCCCGCCUAACCAGGUCUCCUCCUCAGACUCCACCCCUUCUAGAGCCCUCUGAAGUCAAUUGGCUGAACUCUCUGAGCCCUUUCAUCCUCCCAGCCAAUGACAGGGCAAAAACUCUGCGGGAGGCGGCGCCAGGGUUCCCGCGAUGCGGGGAGACUCCUGAGGGAUGGGAUGCUCCCACCUCCAGGGCACAGAGAUUCCGAAACCUCCAGAUGCCUAGAAGGGUCCGGGGGGUCAAGUUGAGAGUUAGUGGCGAGUCAGUGACGCAGUUCCGUCUCCGCUGUGUUCCGAGAUGUGAGUCUGGCGCUUUCGACGAGAGCGAUAGGACACCCCCUUAGGAACUUCCUCACCAAACCCGAGGAAGAGGUCAGGCAAGAUUUGUGCUGGGCAGAUUCUUCGGAGUAAGGCUGUGCUGGCCAGGUAUUCCCUCUUAUUCGUCACUGUAUUGCAGCUAAUCAGUAACCAAGGGCCAUGUGACUGCUGCUCACAGAAACCCAAACAGGCAGGUGAUGCUGAUGGUGGAACUGAGGUGUUGAUUCCAGUAUCACUCAUAAAACGUGAGAAUCUUACACUUUGACGAGAACUCCACAGAGGUGUUCCCAGGGAAGUAAAAAUUUAGAAAGCUCUUCUGAAGAGAAAGAGAAGAUUCAACAGGCCAUUGUGAUGCUUCAAGCAAGAGAAAAUGAGGAGAAAGACAAGAAGCUUCAGGCAUAAGAUAGUUAAAGACAAUAAAACACUUACAGAAGUGAGUGAGUAUGAAUAUGAAAAAGAUGGUAGUGAGUGCUUGGAUCCUGCAACAAAUAUGAGAAUUCAGGCUGAAAAGAAACAGUAUAUAUGUACUGAGUGUGGGAAAGCCUUUAGUCAGAGUGCAAAUCUUACAGUACAUGAGAGAAUCCACACAGGAGAGAAACCCUAUAAGUGUAAGGAGUGUGGAAAAGCCUUCAGUCAUAGCUCCAACCUUGUUGUACAUCGGAGAAUCCACACUGGACUGAAGCCCUACACAUGCAGUGAAUGUGGGAAAUCUUUCAGUGGUAAGUCUCACCUCAUUCGGCACCAGGGAAUCCAUAGUGGGGAGAAAACUUAUGAAUGUAAGGAGUGUGGGAAAGCCUUUAGUCGGAGUUCAGGUCUUAUUUCACAUCAUAGAGUUCAUACUGGGGAGAAGCCCUACACUUGUAUCGAGUGUGGAAAAGCCUUUAGCCGUAGUUCAAACCUUACUCAACAUCAAAGAAUGCACAAAGGAAAAAAAGUUUACAAAUGUAAGGAGUGUGGGAAAACAUGUGUUUCUAAUACAAAGAUUAUGGACCAUCAGAGAAUUCACACAGGGGAGAAGCCUUAUGAGUGUGAUGAGUGUGGAAAAGCUUUCAUUUUAAGGAAGACCCUUAGUGAACAUCAGAGACUUCACCGUAGAGAGAAACCUUACAAAUGUAAUGAAUGUGGGAAAGCUUUUACUUCUAAUCGAAACCUUGUUGAUCAUCAGAGAGUUCACACUGGAGAGAAACCUUAUAAAUGUAACGAAUGUGGAAAAACCUUCAGGCAGACUUCUCAAGUUAUUCUACAUUUGAGAACGCACACUAAGGAAAAGCCCUUUAAAUGUAGUGAGUGUGGGAAAGCCUAUCGUUACAGCUCACAGCUUCUUCAACACCAGAGAAAACAUAAUGAGGAGAAAGAAACAUCAUAAAAAACAUAUAUUGUUGGUAGUAGGCCUAAUUGCUACUUUUUGGAAAAACAAUUUUUCAUUAUUCUCAACCUUAAUUAAAUUCCUAUGACUCCAUACAGGAAAAGUAACCAGAAGCAGACAAAGAUGAUCAGAGGGAUAUUCAUGCUGGCAUCAUACUUAACUGAAGGAAGAGAACUAGAUUUUCAGUAGCAUGGGGUUUAAAUGAAUGAUGGUCUAUCUACAUGAUGGUUUUGUAGCCGUUAUAAACAUUUUUAAAGAAUAAUGCCAUGAGGAAAAUUAUUUGUAUAAAAUAGAAGAUAAAGAGAAAACAAAUUUGAUCCAAAUUUUUAAAAAACAUGUACCUAUAGGAGAAAAAUAUGAAUGAAAUAAUGCCAAACCAAAACUAACAGUGAUUAUCGUUGGGUGGUAGGAUUAUAGGCGAUUUCUAUUUUCUUUAUACUUUUCUAUGCUUUUUAGAUUUUCUACAAGAAUAUACUACUUUUAUAUUCAGGAAAGAAGUAUAGUAUUUUUUAAAUACAGUGAGUACAUUUUCAUUUUCACUCAUCAGUGUUAUGAAAGGCAUGUAGAACAUGGACCCUAAACUCCCGGGAUUCCACCCUAAUAAUGGCACUUGGUAGUGGGGGAAGCAUGAGCAAGUCACUUCCUUUAAGAGCCUGUUUCCUGUUUGUUAAAUAAUAAACAUCAGUUGUUGGUCUUUUGCAGUUUUAAAAUAAGCUGACAUUUUUAUUUAAACUCUUAGGUUAAAAGAACAACAAAGG